CUCUGCGUAGUAAUACUGUGAACUUUCCAGCUUUCCAUACCGGCCCGCGAUUCCUUUCUUCCUCCCGUCUGCUAAUCCAUCCCUGUCGGUCCCUUUUGCACCGAUUGCUUCCCUAUCGAUCUCCAGCUACAGUCUCUACCCCGUCCCGCACGAUUCCGUGCUCCAGGGAGGCGCCGUCGCUGAGGGUUUCUGAGGGCGCGAUCCGAUGGAUUCGUCUUUGUCAAGCCAGCCGGAGUUCGAUUACUUGUUCAAGCUGUUGAUGAUCGGGGAUUCCGGCGUUGGGAAGAGCAGCCUCUUGCUGAGAUUUACUUUGGAUUCUUUCGAGGAUCUUUCUCCUACUAUAGGUGUGGACUUCAAGGUAAAGAUGGUUACAUUAGGCGGAAAAAAGCUAAAGCUUGCAAUCUGGGACACAGCUGGGCAGGAGAGGUUUAGAACUUUAACAAGUUCAUAUUAUAGAGGAGCACAGGGCAUCAUCAUGGUUUAUGAUGUGACACGAAGGGAGACAUUCACCAAUCUUUCUGAUGUAUGGGCGAGGGAAAUUGAUCUUUAUUCAACCAAUCAGGAUUGCAUUAAGAUGCUAGUAGGGAACAAGGUUGACAAGGAAAGUGAGAGAGCUGUAACCAAGAAAGAGGGUAUUGACUUUGCUAGGGAAUAUGGAUGCUUGUUUUUGGAAUGCAGCGCAAAAACACGGGUCAAUGUGGAGAAAUGCUUCGAGGAGCUUGUCUUAAAGAUAUUGGACACACCAAGCCUGUGUGCUGAGGGUUCAGCAGGUGUUAAAAAGAACAUUUUUACGCAAAAACCAGCGCAAGCUGAUGCUUCUGCCAGCAGCUGCUGUUGACAACUAUUGCCGGACUCCUCAUGAUGGAUUGGUUGCACACGGUGGUUGGUGGUGAUACCUCUCUCCUGCACGUACACUAGAGAUUGAAAUCGAGCUCAUUUAAUCCCCAUCAUAAUAUGCAUAUUUCACCUUUUAUUUGUGGCUGUUGUUACUCUUUGUGUAUUUUCAUGGGAUCUCGUCAUAGUCCUGCAAUCUGUUCCAUUUCACACAUAUUACCAUUUUAGUUUUCUGUGAAGUUGUUGGGCAGCCAACUUUGGUUA